AUGGCACGUACCAAGCAGACAGCUCGUAAAUCCACCGGUGGAAAGGCUCCCAGGAAGCAGUUGGCCACCAAAGCCGCACGUAAGAGCGCACCCGCCACCGGAGGAGUGAAAGAAACCACAUCGUUACCGCCCGGGAACCUGCGCGAGAUCGCUCAGGACUUCAAGACCGACCUGCGUUUCCAGAGCUCCGCCGUCAUGGCGUUGCAAGAAGCCAGCGAGGCAUACUUGGUGGGUCUGUUCGAAGACACCAAUCUUUGCGCAAUCCACGCCAAGCGUGUCACAAUCAUGCCAAAGGACAUCCAAUUGGCCCGUCGUAUCCGCGGUGAACGUGCUUAA